CGUUCAUUACUAUCAAGCAUACAACGCCUGCGACGGGGUCCAGCUCACAGCGAGGAUAUGCACAAAACCAGCAUACGCGGCCCAGCGCAGGGGCAAACACACGACUAGCAAGCGACCUACCGUCCUCGCGCGCGGUAACCUGCGAUGCUCGCGGGUGACAACGUCUUGGUACUGUACCCACGGCUUUCAUACAACAUCCUCUGCGGACAAACGACCAGCACGCGUAUAGGACCGUCGACCAGCACCCGAGUACGUACAUUUAUGGCAACCACGCGAGUAUCACAACCACGCGCAGACAACGCGCACACGACCUACGCGUGUCCGGAGGACCUGUCGCUGCUGCGUGUCGCGUACUUCACGGCGCGUCGUAUAUGUCCGUAUACGGCUGCUCGUACCCAUGGACCGGCUGGUGCGCUGUGGCCGCUGGCUGCAGGCGCAGCAGUCGGAAUUCACCAUGACUUCUCGGCACCCUCCGGCGCGCAUUCAUCGCAGGUCCUGCAUAGAUUCGGUACCUCCCUUGCGCUCGGGACUAUCAGUGUAGUCGGUACGUCCGAUAAUCCAUUGAGUUCGCUUCAACAUAGUCCGCCCGCGCAUCAACAUAGCCCGCCACGCGCGCACCCUCGGGGGCGCGCUAUCAGCGCGUCCCUUGAGAUUCCCUCUCGCGGUAAGUUUACUGUGUAUAGUCGGUUGGUCAAUACAUGUCGGCAGUUCCUUCGACUGCGCAACGGGAAGCCCUCAUUCAUGGCGGAAGCCCAACACUGCAGCCCGGUCCCUCGGCCGAGUGUGAUUGUCGCGCGCGGCCGAGGGCCUCGGGUAGGAGUUAGCUCGAGCGCUUCAAAGGAGGCGCUCACAAAUCCCUGGAAGCGCUGGAAGUCUCGUUAA